AUGAAGCAAGUUAUCUUCCCAGAUGGUUGGGGUGAUCAUCCUGUUAUUCCUCUCGCCCAGCUUGCUAAAGAAAUUCUGGUGGAACAUCCUCAACUGCUGUUUUUUGGCCAUGGCUAUGAUCAGCUGCAACAUGUGCAAGCCACACUCAGAACUUUCUGGGAGCGCUUCAAGCAUGUCUGGCCGGGGCAUGAAGUGUAUUCACUUCAUGGGGCCCGUCUCGGGCAGUGUAUACCUUGCCGCAUCCAUGCGGACGAAGGUACCUCUUUUCGCCAAUCUGGGAUUUACCAGCAGUCCUGGGGGCCAAUCUUGAAGUCUGGUAGCGCCAGUUCAGCGCACUGCUUUUUCUAUAGCUGCGCCUUGGCAGAAGCCUACAAGGAAUUCCACGCUGGUUUUGCUGCUGGCAACAAGACACUGGACAGCAUCACGGGGCACUUUGUGGCAGAGGCCAAUGACUGUUUCUACAAUGGUGUUCGUGGCCUCACUGGUCAGUGGUAUCUGGUGUUCUUGAGGCUUGAAGGCGACCUGCCAGCGCAGGCGAAGUUGAUGCAUUCUGCGCGAAACUUCACAAAUGCGCCAAACCAGAUGUGCCCGUGGUGUUUGGCUGAUGACAGGGAUGUUCCAUUUGGGGAUCAUCGGAACUGCGCGGGGUGGCGGGCGACAACUUCAUCAGAGAAGCCAUGGGCCUCACCAAGUCCUUUGCACCUUCUACCAGGUGGUAAUAUGGAGCAGUUUAUGGCAAAGGACCUGUUUCAUACCACCCAUGUGGGAGUCACCCGAACGUUCGUCGCCUCAGCCAUCUGCUACUUGGUGCACGUGGGGCAUUUCACCCCUCCACAUGGUGCCGGCGUCUCAGUACCUGCCCGCUUGAAGGUCGCCUACAGCAGCUUUCGUGAACACUGCCAGUUGGUUCAGCACGAGAUGCCAGAUGUGAAAACAUUCAGCCGGGAGAACUUGGGAUGGCUUUCGCUGGCGAAAAUGCCAGAGACCUCAUGGAAAGGCUCUGAUGCUCGCUUGCUGGUCAAGUGGCUGAUCGACUACUUGCUGCGCCCAUUUAACCGAGAUGAGGUGAUGGAGUACAUGCUCACUGCCCUGGUCGCACUCGACGAUUUCCUCCGGCUCUGUUAUGAGAAGAGCGACCGGGUCUGGUUGGAUGCCGCGCAGUGUGCUUUGGCCAGGAGGCUACUGCAAGACUUUUUCACCAACUAUGUGGGUGCAGCCAAGACCUGCCAUCGUCGGGGACAGCUUUUCUUCAAUGUAACCCCGAAACUGCACUACCUAUUCCAUCUGGAAGAAGACCUGGCAUGGUCACAGUCGCAAUCAGUGUGGGCCCUGAAUCCUGCAUGUUUUGCGACACAGAUGGAUGAGGACUACAUAGGUGUAGUCUCACAGAUGAGCAGGCACUGCCAUCCCCUUGGGGCUGCCAAAAGGACAGCUGAACGAUGGCUCGUGUAUGCCUGGAGGAAGUGGCAGAGAAAGUAA